AUGAUUUCUAUAUUGCAAAGAGUUGUACAAGAUAGUUCACAUGUUCUUGUAACUGCGCGGUUUGAGGCUGAGGAACGGAUAAACAAUUUGCGCCUAAGAGAGGAGCAAGAUGCUGCUUACAGGGCUGCUCUUGAAGCCGAUCAAGUAUGGGAGCGACAGAGACAGGAAGAGGAAGAGCGUUUAGAGAGGGAAUCUGCUGAGGCAGAGAGGAAACACAAAGAAGAAGAAGAAGAAGAGGCUCGGGAGAGAGAAGAGCGUGAAGCUGCAGAGAGAGAAGCUGCUAGAGUGAGAAUGAGACAAGAGAAAGCACUUGCUCUUGGAGACGAACCUGAGAACGGCCCCGAUGUUACACAAACAUUGUACGACUACAUUGAUUCACUUGGAGUGUUGGAAACAUAUGAGUAUAGCUUAGUAACAAACUUACCGAGAACAGUGUACGGAAGAGACAAAGAGUCAAUGUCACUAAAAGAUGCAGGUUUGCAUCCUCAGGCUAGUCUCUUCAUUGAGAUCAACUAA